AUGGAUGCCCACCCGAAGGAGAUGGUGCCUCUCGUGGGCAGAAUAGCCACUAUCCCCAGUGGGAACGCUGCCAUCCCGCAGGAGAAGAGGCCGGCAGAGAUCACCCCCACCAAGAAGAGUGCACACUUCUUCCUGGAGAUAGAAGGGUUCGAGCCCAGCCCCACUGUCGCCAAGACCUCUCCCCUCAUCUUCUCCAAGCCCAUGGACUCCAACAUCCGGCAGUGCCUCCCCGGCAGCUGUGAUGACAUGGACUCCCCACAAUCUCCUCAGGAUGUCGUGACAGAGACCCCAUUGAAUCCCAACAGUCCCAGUGCAAACCUGGCCAAGCAAAAGCAGAGGCACAAAAAGAAGCGGCUGAAGAAGCGCAUCUUUGUGGCUGUGUCGGAGGGCUGCGUGGGACAGCUGCUGGAGCUGCUGAUGGAGCUGCAGGAGCUUUGUGAGCAGCGCAACAGCCUGGAUGUGCCUGACUUCCUCAUGCGCAAGCUGACGGCCUUGGACAUGGGGAAGACCUGCCUGAUGAAGGCCUUGUUAAACAUCAACCCCAGCACCAAGGAGAUCGUGAGGAUCCUGCUCGCCUUCGCUGAGGAAAACAACAUCCUAGACAGGUUCAUCAACGCCAAAUACACGGAGGAGGCCUACGAAGGGCAGACGGCACUGAACAUCGCCAUCGAGCGGCGGCAGGGAGACAUCGCCGCGUUGCUCAUCGAGGCAGGCGCCGACGUCAACGCCCACGCCAAGGGCGUCUUCUUCAACCCCAAGUACCAGCACGAAGGCUUCUACUUCGGCGAGACACCCCUGGCCCUGGCAGCCUGCACCAACCAACCCGAGAUCGUGCAGCUGCUGAUGGACAACGAGCAGACGGACAUCACCUCGCAGGACUCACGGGGAAACAAUAUCCUCCAUGCUCUGGUGACGGUGGCUGAGGACUUCAAGACGCAGAAUGACUUUGUCAAGCACAUGUACGACAUGAUCCUGCUGAAGAGUGGCAACUGGGAGCUGGAGACCGUGCGCAACAAUGACGGCCUCACGCCGCUGCAGCUGGCCGCCAAGAUGGGCAAGGCUGAGAUCCUGAAGUACAUCCUCAGCCGUGAGAUCAAGGAGAAGCGGCUCCGGAGCCUGUCCAGGAAGUUCACCGACUGGGCCUACGGGCCAGUGUCAUCCUCGCUCUACGACCUCACCAAUGUGGACACCAUAACCGACAACUCGGUGCUGAAAAUCAUCGUCUACAACCCCAACAUCGAUAACCGGCACGAGAUGCUGACCCUGGAGCCCCUGCACACGCUGCUGCAUAUGAAGUGGAAGAAGUUUGCCAAGUACAUGUUCUUCCUGUCCUUCUGCUCCUAUUUCUUCUACAACAUCACCCUGACCGUCAUCUCUUACUACCACCCCCGGGGGGAGGAGGCCCUGCCAUACACCUCGUCCAUCACAUACAAGAUUGGGUGGCUGCAGCUCUUAGGAAGGAUGUUUGUACUCAUCUGGGCCAUGUGCAUUUCUGUGAAAGAGGGCAUCGCGAUCUUCCUGCUGAGACCCUCAGAUCUGCAGUCCAUCCUCUCGGAUGCCUGGUUUCACAUUGUCUUUUUUGUCCAAGCUGUGCUUGUGAUACUGUCUGUCUUCUUGUACUUGUUUGCCUACAAAGAGUACCUCGCCUGCCUCGUGCUGGCCAUGGCCCUGGGCUGGGCGAACAUGCUCUACUACACGCGGGGAUUCCAGUCCAUGGGCAUGUACAGCGUCAUGAUCCAGAAGGUCAUUUUGCACGAUGUUCUGAAGUUCUUGUUUGUGUAUAUCGUGUUCUUACUUGGAUUUGGAGUAGCCCUGGCCUCGCUGAUCGAGAAGUGUUCCAAGGACAAUGAGGACUGCAGCUCCUAUGGCAGCUUCAGCGACACGGUGCUGGAACUCUUCAAGCUCACCAUAGGCCUGGGUGACCUGAACAUCCAGCAGAACUCCAAGUACCCCAUCCUCUUCCUGUUCCUGCUCAUCACCUAUGUCACCCUCACCUUCGUCCUCCUCCUCAAUAUGCUCAUUGCCCUGAUGGGGGAGACUGUGGAGAACAUCUCCAAGGAGAGUGAGCGCAUCUGGCGCCUACAGAGAGCCAGGAUGACCUUGGAGCUCGAGAAAAUGUUACCAGAAUGGCUGAGGAGCAGAUUCCAGAUGGGAGAGCUGUGUAAAGUAGCAGAGCAAGAUUUCCGACUGUGUUUGCGGAUCAACGAGGUGAAGUGGACUGAAUGGAAAACUCACGUCUCUUUCCUCAACGAAGAUCCGGGGCCCGGGAGACGGACAGCAGAUUUCAACAAAAUCCAAGAUUCUUCCAGGAGCAACAGCAAAACUACCCUCAAUGCAUUUGACGAAAUGGAUGAAGUUCCAGAAACUUCCGUGUAG